GACGGUUUGUAUUCAGAGACGAACACAUUCAAUCAGCCUUAGAAAAGAGCAAAUGUUUUGCUAUCAGAUAUGUUAAUGAGCAAGAAAAACCAACCACCAAAUACCCUCUCAAUCCUAAUGGAAGCCCAGGUGGAUUGGCGGGUAUUUGCUCUAUGGACGGAAGGCACUUAGCCAUGAUGCCUCAUCCAGAAAGGUGUGUACAAAUGUGGCAAUGGCCGUACGUCUCUCCAAAUUGGAGCCUAAACCCUCCCGAAGAAUCCCCAUGGCUCCAAAUGUUCAGAAAUGCUACUGCCUGGUGUGAGGGUACCAAAUGCAGUGAAAGCUAAUUUUGUGUAGGAUUUCGUAUCCUACAAUACGUACUGUUAAGCGAUAGGUAUCUAUCAAUUGUGAUUUCUAAAUUAUUUUCAAUAAAUAUGUUUGCUAUUUUUGUA